AUAUUGGCCGCCGUUUUCUCACCGCAUCUGAUCCACAGAACCCGGGCGGACGAACGGAGCGCGCUUCUGAGGCCGUCUGACAAUCUCACUUCCCGUCCUGCCCUCCAAAAGCGCACGAACCCACCCCUGACGAGUCCCUUCUCUCGUCCCCUGCAGCCCGCCUCAUCUAUCGCCUGCUUCCUUCGCGCGUCCGGAACUGGUCCUUUUGUUCCCAACCUCUCGCCUUUCCCAUCCCGCGUCCCUCGCGCAGCCCUGCUUCAAUUAGAUCCACACACAGAACUCUCCCCCGCACGUGCUCAGACGCGUUCCUUCUCUGGCGCACUCCUCCAUCCCAUCCUGCUAUAUAACCCCGCCUCGCAGCCCGCACCCGCCCCCUGUACUACAUGGCCCCUGAACCCCCCAUGCCUCCCAACCCCUACGCUCAGCCCAUCCACCUCCACCACCAAGACCACCAGCAGCACCAGCAGCACCAGCACCAGCAGCACCAACACCAGCACAUGUCCCACUCCAUGCAGCCCCCGCCCUCCCCCUCAAUUCCCAUCGACCCCGCCCUCGCCCUCUACCCCCCGUCGUUCUACCCCCAGUACCACACC